AUGGAGCAGCUCGAGACCAUCAACCCGCUUACACUGUUGCCGUGGGAAGAAAGAGUCAAGGUCGUAGUUGACGAGGUGGAAACGAGAGAGACCGACGUGGCCGGCACAGUCCGCAUUGCAGUCAGUAGCUCAGCGAGAAACGGCGUAGUGGGAGUAGGUGGUGUUGUCCAGAAACCCUCUGCGACUGGAGACGAGCCGGAGCGUGAGCCGUUCUUCUUCACACUUGGCCCAAGGUCGGAACAGAACCCAUACAGUGGACAACUGGCAGCAGUGGCAUUCGCGUUGCGCAGGCCGUUGUCAGGCGUCACAGGCGAGAGAGUUACGGUGGUAACAAGUAACAAAGCGGCGGUCCUUACGCUUAAACGGCCGCACCAACAGUCCGGACAAGAGUUUAUACGGUGCAUCUACGACUCGGUAGAGGGGCUUCGACGAGACCACAACACUCUGACAGUUCAGUGGACGCCCACAGGCGAGGAAGACCAACUGCUCAAGCAAGCAAAGGCGCAAGCGCGAAAAGCGACCGAAGAGGGGGCCACCCCGCAGGCCCAAUUCCCAACGAUGAAGUCAACGACGCUCAACGUAGCACGGUCAAAAUGUCUGCCGGAACGAGGGCUGCCGGAAAAGGUCGGGAGAUUCUCCAAAAGGGUCGACAGGGCACUACCAGGGAAGCAUACCCGCCAACUCUACGACAAGCUUACGUGGAGAGAAGCGACCACACUUGCGCAGCUUAGAACAGGAAUGGCAAGACUGAACGGCUAUCUACAUCGGAUCGACGCAGCGCCUUCACAGAUC